CCUGGUGCAAUGCCAUUGGGCGAAUCGCGUCGUGGCGCUUGACCACAACUUCACUUUAUCAUGCUCGCCCGCCUUGCUUCGCGUUCGCUGCCGACGGCCCGCGCCCUGCGCAUGGCCGCGCCUGCCCGCCUCUUCUCGGAUACGCACGACGACUUCAAGCCCAAGUACCACGCGGCGGCGUCGGCCGAGCCCGAUGAUGUGCUCAAGCUCAUCCAGAGCCAUGUCUCGACGUACCCGAUCAUGCUCUACAUGAAGGGCACGCCGACGUCGCCGCAGUGCGGCUUCUCGCGCCAGGUCGUCCAGAUCAUGCACGCGCAGGGCGUUAGCUUUGACAGCGUGAACGUCUUGGACCACCCUGAGAUCCGUGAAGGCGUCAAGGAGUUCUCGCAAUGGCCGACGAUCCCGCAGCUCUUUGUCAACGGCGAGUUUGUCGGUGGCUGCGACAUCAUCACGGACAUGCACAAGUCGGGCGAGUUGGAAGACUUGCUCAAGCCGUUUGCCAAGUAGAGAUGAUGGAUGAUGUGAUUGCCGCCCGUGAAUAGAGUCACAUGCGUUUGUACGUCUUGCGAACCUCUCGCCAUGUAGAGUCCGAUGCGAGGUUGUCGUCUUGGGUCCUGUCAGCCGCACGUGCGAGGUAGGCAGGAGCAGACGUGGCGUAUUCUAAAAUUCUUACAAACAAUUCAGGAUUCCGAG